AUGGUCCUAUGUCAACAUCUCGUUUUAUCCAAUAAUAUUAGCUCUGAUAAUUCAUUCUCAUCGUGCAAUGGGCCGUCUGCUUUUGUUCGUCUGAAUUGUGGGAGGAGAAAAUCGCGAGGGCUGGUUCCAAAUGCCAAGAAAAGGCACAAGAGGGGAAAAGGGAGUUGGUGGCAGAGAUUCUUUUUUGACGAGGAUGCGAAUUGGCUGGGGUUGAAGGAAGACUAUUUGAUUGAUGAACUUGAAUCGGAGGAUGUCACUAGCGGUGACGAGUUAUCCGAGAAUGAGAAAUUUGAGGCAUGGAAAAGACGGGCCGAGGCUAUAGUUGAAUUAAGGGAGGCACAAGAUGAAGUCAAGAAUGAGGAGAAUAGGAUGUGGGAGGACUGGCUUGUGGAUGGAGCUAAUGGUGAACUCAGCAAUGGAUCGUCGUGGUUUGAGAAAUCGAACGAUUCGGUUGAAAAGUUGGGGGAUGAUUUAGUGGAAGACGGUGAUGAAUUGUUCUCCGCUAAAGGAUUGGUUAGGUCCGCGAGGAAUUUGGUUCUAGGCAGAGAAGAUGACGAUAUUCUGUAUGAGGAUCGAGUUUUUCGUUAUGCCUCGUUCAAUUCGGCUAAAUUCUUGGCUGUACUGGUCAUUGUCCCAUGGGCCUUGGAUUUCUUGGUUCACGACUAUGUUAUGAUGCCUUUUCUGGACAGAUAUGUCAAGACUGUACCACUUGCUGCUCAGCUGCUUGACGUGAGGAGGAAUCAGAAGCUUGAAAUGGUCAGAUCUCUAAAUCUUGAGAAAGCACGGUAUCGGCUUGAAGUAGAAAUAGGGAAAUCUCCUCCUCUUUCUGAUGAGGACCUUUACUCAGAAUUACGACAAAAGGCGUUAGAGUUGCGUGAUGAAUGGAGAUUAGAGAACCGCAGAGCAUUUGCUAACAUAUGGUCAGAUACGGUUUUUGGGAUCUCGUUGUUUGUUCUGCUAUACUUCAAUCAAAGCCAAGUAGCUUUGCUGAAGUUUACAGGUUAUAAGAUAGUGAAUAACAUGACAGACACGGGGAAGGCAUUUCUUAUCAUACUUUUAACCGACAUUUUCUUAGGUUAUCAUUCUGAAUCAGGUUGGCAGACAUUGUUAGAGGUUCUUGUCGAGCACUACGGAUUUGAGGUGGAUAAGGCUGCCAUAACUAUCUUUGUCUGCCUAGUUCCUGUUAUAAUUGAUGCUUGUGUCAAGCUGUGGUUGUUUAAAUACCUGCCGAGAUUAUCCCCAAAGGUGUCCAGUAUUUUCCGCGAAAUGAAGAGACAUUAG